AUGCUACGCUGCACAGAUUGUUGCCUCCAGCGCAAGGUUGAGAAGCUGCUGGUGGCAAAUCGGGGGGAGAUUGCGUGCCGCGUUUUCCGUACAUGCCGUGAGAUGCACAUCCGCACUGUGGCGCUGUUCUGCGAGGCAGAGCGGAACGCGAGGCAUGUCGUAGAGGCAGACGAGGCCGUCUGCAUUGGCCCACCACCCGCGGUGAACUCGUACCUGCGCGGUGACCAUAUCAUCAGCGUGGCGAAACAGCUGAAUGUAGACGCAAUUCACCCCGGGUACGGCUUUCUUUCCGAGAAUGCGGACUUUGCUGACGCUGUCACGCGCUCCGGCAUUGAAUUCAUUGGCCCACCUGCGUCAGCUAUCUCGGCGAUGGGCUCCAAGAGUGAGAGCAAGCGCAUCAUGGAGGUUGCCGGGGUGCCUGUUGUGCCGGGCUACUACGGUGACAACCAGACUGCAGGCUUCCUCGCGGAGGAGGCAGACAAGGUGGGAUUUCCCAUUCUCAUCAAGGCGGUUUCGGGUGGCGGCGGCAAGGGCAUGAAGAUUGUGGAGCGGCCCGAAGACUUUGCCUUUAUGCUGGAGAGCGCGAAGCGCGAGGCGACUAACUUUUUCAAGGACGACCGUGUCAUUUUGGAGCGCUACGUGAAGCGUUCACGACACAUCGAGUGCCAAAUUUUUUGCGAUAAACACAGCCGAGGGGUCUUUUUUUUCGAGCGCGAUUGCAGCGUGCAGCGUCGGUAUCAAAAGGUCCUCGAGGAGGCUCCGGCGCCUCAUCUGUCGAUGGAGACACGACAGCGCAUUGGCGAGGUAGCGCUGCAGGCUGCGAAGGCAGUUGGCUACGUGGGCGCUGGCACAGUGGAAUUCAUCUUCGACACAAGCACUGGCGAUUUUUACUUCAUGGAGAUGAACACGCGAUUGCAGGUGGAGCACCCCGUGACGGAGGAGGUGUGCCGCAUCAAAGGUGCACCGCUGGACUUGGUCAAGCUGCAGAUCAAGACGGCCAUGGGCAAGCCGCUCACAUUUUCCCAGGAGGACAUCGCGCUGGUCGGCUCCUGUAUUGAGGCGCGCGUGUAUGCGGAGUCGCCGGAGAGGGGCUUUCUUCCCGAAAGCGGCCCGCUAACGUUUAUCCGGGAGCCGUUUCAGGGGGUGCGUGGAUCGACCCGCACCCGACUGGACACUGGGUUUCGUGAGGGCGACAACGUACUCAUCCACUACGAUCCCAUGCUGGCCAAGGUCAUCUCGUGGGGUCGCAAUCGUGAAGAGGCAUUGAAAGGCCUGCAGCAGGCACUAGGCGAGUACAAGGUAGCUGGCAUCAACACGAACAUCGAGUUCCUGAAGCGAUGCUGCGAAGCGUCGGAGUUUGCGCGCGGCGGCGUGACCACCAACUUCAUCAACGAUCACGAAAAGCAGCUGCUCACCGCUCCAGCUGUGACGCCGGAGGUGGCGGCCAUGGCGGCUACCGCUUGCCUGCUCAACCACUGCGAUAACUGGCGUGGUGCAUUCCGUCUCAACGGCGACACCAAGGCCACCGUUCACUUUUACAUUGACAGCAAGCCGGUAGAGGUGCGUCUGCACACGGAGGGCGCAAACUACCACAAGAUCUUUUUCAGAGUGGGAAAUCACGAGGGGUCGUUUUCGGUCGGCUCCGGCCCUGUGACUUCGAAGCACCGUGACCAGAAGAGCAUCGUGAACGAUUUCACCUUCCUCUUCGAGAAUGGCAUGCGCCACACAGUCUUGGCCGUCGUGACGGAAGGCGACGUAACAAUCAUUGGCAGCUUUGGGCUGCACCAGAUUCGCCUAUUACCGCUGACGGAUGGCUUUGGGAACGCAUCGAUGGGGGCAGGUGCCUCAGCGAAGAUCUUGAGCCCGAUGCCCGGCAAAGUGUCCAAGUUUAUCGCGAGGCGGGGCGACGUCGUCGAGAAGGGCCAGGUUCUCAUGAUUUUGGAGGCGAUGAAGAUGGAGCACCCCAUCAGGGCACUGCAGGACGGCCAGGUCUCUUUCUCUGUGAAAGAGGGAGACGUGGUCGGCAGCGAUCACCUGCUUGCCACCGUUGCGCAGAAGGAGUGA